UCAAUAUGGUGGUUUCAAACCUCAUCGUCUAGUGAGAUUAAGCGAUCAAGAACACAUGAUCUUUCUAAUCACAAGGUCUUCUAUAUUCUCUCGAAGAAUUUUGAGUAGUAUAAGUCUGUCGAGAUCUCGUUAUUACAGUUCGAUGGAUCUCAAAGACGUCGUGAAAAAGCUGCACGAGUUUGCGCCACUACAGCUAGCUGAAGAAUGGGACAACGUGGGCUUACUCGUCGAACCAUCCCAACCUCAUUUUGUAAAAUCACUUCUUCUUACUAACGAUUUAACUGAAAAAGUAGUACAAGAAGCUAUUGAAAAAGGAGUAAAUAUGGUUAUAUCCUAUCACCCGCCGAUAUUUAAGCCACUUAAACGUCUCACUUCGAAAACGUUCAAGGAAAGAAUUAUUGUGAAAAUGAUAGAGAAUAAAAUAGCUGUGUACUCUCCGCAUACAGCUUUUGAUGCGGUUAAAAAUGGCGUGAACGACUGGCUCGCUUCAGGUCUGGGAAGUGCAAAGGUGGAACCCCUUCAAUGUUCAAAAGGAUCUGGUUCUUGUCAGUACAAAGUAUUGACAAGUAUGUUGACCAAUCAGGAGGGAGAAAGUUUACUAAAGCUUCAAGACACCCUCAAAGGACUCGAUGGAGUAGAAAGGAUUGAGGUGGAGGCUGUAACAAAACCAGAGACAAUUUCCUUACAUUGCACUGAGACUGGCCUGGUCAAUGCUUUUCAGAUGUUGACUUCUCAGUUUCCUGACACUGUUGGUAAAACAGAAGUGAUGCCUUUAGCUAAGAUUCCUCUUUUGGGAACUGGUCAAGGAAGACUCUGUACACUACAGACACCAGUUACUCUGUCAGAAUUGAUAAACCGUAUCAAAAACCACCUGAACCUUAAACAUGUUCGUCUUGCUACGGCACAUUUAGGUAUGCCUGAACUAGCUGACCCCCAGCAAAGCCAUGUUCAGACUAUUGCAAUCUGUGCUGGGUCAGGAGCUGGUUUACUGCAAGGAACAAAGGCUGAUGUUUAUUUGACAGGAGAAAUGUCACAUCACGAAGUGCUAGAAGCAGUGUCAAAUGGAGUACAUGUGGUCUUGUGUGAACACAGUAACACAGAACGUGGUUUCUUACUGGAAUUUAAGACAAAAUUGAAUGGGUUGUUAGAAGAGAAAGUUAAUGUGUUGGUUUCUUCAUAUGAUGCAGAUCCACUUCAAGUGGUAUAGGAAGCAAAUUUCUCUUGGAGACAAAGAACAAUUCUUUUGAUGUUCAUUAACCCUGUAGCUCACAAGAUCUCAUUAGUAAUUCUUCUUACAGUCUGUCAUACAAUUCUUAGGAUUUUAGUUUGGAGAACUUGGU